GUUCUUUUCCUCAUAAACAAGGUAUUUAAAUCCCCAAACCCCUCCUGCUUUUCCCUCCUUACUCAACAGACAUUCUUUCCUUAAUCAUAAUUAAACACCCAUCAGCAUCACAUCAUUAGACUUAAAACCAUUCCUGAGACUUUUCUCUUUAGUGAUCUAAGAGAAUGGCUUCUUCCAAAGUCUAUGAAAUAGUUCUGGCCAUGGUCAUCCUCACAUCCAUGCUAUGGAACAGCGCAUCUGCUCAAUCAAACUGCAUUACCACAAUAUUGAGCUUGUCACCGUGCCUGAAUUAUAUCACAGGCAAUUCGUCGGCCCCGUCCUCGUCAUGCUGCUCGCAGCUCUCUAGCGUUGUCGCAUCAAGCCCGCAGUGCCUUUGCUCGUUGCUUAACGGCGGGGGUUCGAGUUACGGGAUCAACAUUAAUCAAACUCUUGCCACCAGCAUGCCUGGUGCCUGCAAACUUAAAACUCCUCCUUUGAGCAGUUGCAAUGGUGGGAGCGGGCGACCAACUGCUUCAGCUGCAGUAUCACCACCACCAAGUUCUCCAGUGGGUUCUGGAGCGCCACCGAGCACAGAAACGCCCACAACACCAUCAGGAUCCGCCACACCAACAUCAGGUAUCUUAUAGAUUCAGUCAACAUUUCCUCAAAUGCCUGAUUUUUUUUUUGAAUUUCAGCUAAUUCAGAAUGUCUAACACUCAUAAUGAAACAGGAUCAAACGCAAUUCCAUCCCCAACUGAUUCCGCAUCGGCUGGUAGCCAUGUGGCAGUUCCAUUCAAUAUUCAAAGCGUCUACCUCUUCGCAGCAGGCAGCAUCCUGGGCACUUUUUUCUGCUAGAUCAUUUUCUAUUUAAGCUUUCUCCUGUCCACUGCAUUAGUGGUUUGUUUUGUCAUUUGAUAUUGUUUUCCUUUACUUUUCUUUUUGUUUCUUUUGUUUGUAGACUUUGUACUGAUGAUUGAAUUGAUUACGUCUCUAUUGUUAUUCUUUUACCAUUGUAAGUGUCUGGUCUUACAAAAUAUGUUUACUCCAUCAUUCUACAUUCAUUAAAUAAGUUAUACUAGGCAAUGUAGACCCAAUUUUACUGAAUAUUAU